AUGAUGCUCCCAACCGCUCCCGUCGUCCCCAUGAAUCUGGGCGAUGACUUCAAGUUCGGUCCAACUGUGCUUGACCCCGUUCAACCAGAGGACAAUGAUGAUCUCGUACAGAUCAAUGGCUUCCCCAGCGUCCAGACCACUGGCGGCGAUGCCGCUCUGUCGCAACUGGGUAUCCUAUCGCAGUUCCAUGGUACCUACGGUGGUUUUGGUUUCAACACUAUCUUCAGACCCAACGGCACAACGACUCCUACCCCUCUUCCCAAUCUACCUCCUACCGAAGAUCCAACUGACAAUAUCCUGCAACUCAACCUCACCAGUGAAGCCAUGGCGUUCAGUAAGGGGCUUACCGAUGUGCCCAAUCGCGGUUUGGACACACAGGCUGACCUGAUGCUGAAUGGCGUGCCAUACACUCAGACAAUUACCGAUAUUACUGAGAUCGUGGCACCGCCCAAGAAGCAGCCUGUCAUUCAUUUUGAACCUGGCCUGUGGAUGCAUGUGCCUGCUAGUCAGGAAAUGCCUGUCCUUCCAGCCUCGCUCUCACGUAUGGCGUCCAUUCCCCAUGGAACAUCCAUCAACGUGCAAUCCUUCCAGCCCCCUGUCACAACAAAGAGUGCGCCAAACAUCCCAUCAGUCGAUAUAACACCUCUCAUCGCCGGAAGCACCCAGACUGUGGGUUUCAGGAGCCAAAAUGCUACCGACAAUAAUUCUCAUCGUCUUCCUCAAGACCUGACAACUUUCAUUGAGGCUGGCACUAUUACACAGGAUAUUCUGACUGAUCCCAACACUGUGCUUCGUAACGCCAACAAAGGCAAGACAAUCGUUGAGAGUACUGCAUUUGCGGUGUCUUCUACUCCCGAGAACCCUGAUCUUGGUGGAGGAACUAGCAAUAUCGGCUUUCUCAUCGGUGCUGACGGUGGUGUUAACACUGCCACUGUCCAGGCCAGGAGCGGCAAUGCAAAUGCCGUCAAGGUCACAGCCCAGUACUGGCUCUCUAAGAUCCGGACCAAGAUUAAUCUACCUGUGGUGGACACCAAGGUUAAUAAGAAGACGGUUGUCUCCCCAGCCUCUUCCGGUCCCAGAGAUGCUGUGCCCAAGUUCGUGGUCGACAUGAAUAUCCCGAAUGCCAAGACUGUCAAUAUUGAGUACACUCAGAUUCAGUAUUCUCAGACUGUCUUUUUGGACUUCAACGGUCUUAGCUGGCCGCAUGUCACCGUUGGAACUCUCGCUCCUGUGGCUGGUCAUCGACUUUCACAUGUUAUAGUCUCUAACUAG